AUGUUUGAUAAUUAAUAUGAAGAUUCUUUCUGGUCUUAAACGGAUAAAGCUGUUAGGAGAAUUCUCUAUUCUCUAUUUCAUGAAAUUUUGCACUCACAAAGAGUCUCUCCUUUAAUCUACAAAAUAAUAUUAUUGAUAGAAGCACUUUAAAUAGCUUUCUUCGCUAUAAACACAUCAUUCAGCUUUCUGUGGUCUUCUUCUGUGACUAAUGUUAUGCAGCAAGCUAUACAGUAUUUCUAGAUCAACGGGCCCAUUUAAAAAAAUGGUUAAACAGUAUUUUUAAUGAUACUUUACAUAGUGAUAUCUAUCAAUUUAAUUACUUUACUAAUAGCCAUAUAUUGCUCUUAUAGUGUUGCUCAUAAACACAAAAAAACAUCAAGUCUCUUUAACUAUUUCAUAAAAUACUUAUGGCUAUAUGGAUUGUUUACAAACACUGUUGGCUAUAUUCCUAUGAUCAAUAUUUAUCUCUCUACUUUUUAUUGUAACUCAUCAACUGAUCUUGGAGUAUCUUUAGGAUGUUACAAAUCAAAUUACUUUAUCCAUCUUUCUAUUGCUAUUGUUGGCUUUAUUAUAUUUUCAAUACUAUAAACUGUCUUUUAUAAGCUAUAUAUAGAUCUUAAUCCUAGCUCUAAAAUCCCUUACGCCCAUCCAUAGAGUAUAAAUGAUAUAAUCAAAUUAGUUUUGAAAACAGCUUUACCUAUUUAUACUACUUUUGACCCUGAAGGAGUUUAUGGUAAAGCUUUCAUAAUUUGUCUUGGAAUUUAUUUGAUUUGCAUGGUUUCUAAUAGAUUUUUUUCUUUACCUUAUUAUUCAAAGAGCAUUCAAAAUUUUACUUUGAUAAUUGACUCAUCGCUUUUAUGGAUAGUUUGGAUUUCUUUUGUUUGUGCUAUUAUAGAUUCAGGAAGUAUUUCAAUCCUCUACAUUUUUACUGGAAUACCCUUUAUAUCUAUCUCCAUUAUUUUUUUGAUGAGAUAUAAAGAGAACAAAGUGUUAUCUUAAACAAUGAAGAAUUUUAAGAAGGAUACUGAUUUUGAAUACUACCUAAUUUUACUUAUUGGAUUAAUUGAAAAUAGAAGCAAUCCUGAAGAUUGUAUUCAACUAGAUGGGGCACUUAAAUUUCAUGCUAGAUAUUGCACAAAAGUUUAAGAUGUGAAUUGCAAUUGUUAAUCUUUAAUCCUUGAUAAAGAAGAUGACAUCUAAACGUAUUAAAACAACACGAAUCAAAUAAACUUAAACAGUACCACUAAAUGGUAUAAUUUCGUAAAAUUCUUGCUGCUAGAUAGUUUUGAUAAAUUUUAAAAAAGCACUCGUUUACAUUUAUUUAAUUCAUAUAUUUAGCAUGCAAAGUUAAGUAACAAAUUCAAGUCUUUGUUAGAGCUGAUGUAUACAUCUGAAUUAAAACCUAAUAUUUAAGAGGAAUUUUCUAUUUAUAGCUAUAAUCAUAUAAUUGAAGAUGAAUUAAAAGAAAAUGAUUUAAGAAAUACAGAAAAUAAAACAGUUGAAGUCAAUAGCAUAGUUUAGUUUUAAGCCUUAUUUGUUGAUUUCUUAGGAUCAAUUGAAAAAUCUGUCAACUACUAUUAAGAAUUCUGGAAUAAGUUGUUAGAAGAAAUACCUGAUGUAGAUAAACUUCUACUUUUGGGAACUAGAAUUACUAAUUCUAUUGAAAACAAUUCAUAAAUCUUUGAAAAUCUACAAGAAAUAAACUCAAAUAAUAUUAAGAGCUUAACAAUAUAUGGAAACUAUUUAAAGGAAAUUGUUAACGAUGAGCAGGAUGGUAAUAGAUUAUUAGAGAAAGCAUAAUAUAUUGAAAGGAGUAAUUAAGCAAACAAGCAAUUUGUAGAUGUUGAAAAAUUGAAAUAUGGUGAGAAUUCUUAGACUUCAAUUAUUAGUGUUUCAGGAAAUUUAAAUUAAGUUGGAAUGGUUGUUAAUACAAACAAUGAAAUCGAACAAUUACUUGGUUAUUCAAAAAGCGAUGUGAUAGGAUAAAAUAUAAACAAAAUUAUGCCUAAAGUAUAUGGAGAUAUUCACGAUAGUUUGUUUCACAGAUUUUUAGAAACAUCAUAACCUAAGGUUAUUGGAGUGGAAAGAACAGUGAUGUGUCUAAAUAAAAAUGGAUAUAUAAUUCCAACUUCCAUUAUGGUUAAAGUACUUCCUAACUUAGAUUAAGGAAUUUAAAUUGUUGGAUUUCUGAAAGAAAUAGAUAAUUAAGAAUCUAAAAGCUAAAUUGAAAAAGACUAAGUUAUUCACUAUCUUAUUUACAGGGAAGACAACUUAUAAAUAUAAGGCAUAUCACAAAGUAUUCAUGAUUAUUUUGGAAUACCAUCUUAAUUAGUUUAUGGAAAUUCAAAUAAUAUUUCUGAUUUUACUAUCGAUUAGAUAAUGCCUGGUGUUGCUGAUGUAGCAAAUAGAGAAGAAAUGAUGUCAGUUUAAGGAUUAAUAACAACUAUUGACAGUACAUAUGUUUAAAUGAAUUAUUUGAUAGAAGAUGAAGAUGGAUAUUAGGAUUCAGAUUUCGAAAGUUAAGCUUAAAAAGAUGAUAACUAACAAUUAAACUAAGAUUUAGAAAAUGGUUUUGAAAGAAAAAGAUUUAAAAAAUUUAGAUAAGCUUAAAUAAAGGUGAACCUUAUUAUAGAGUAAGAGUUUGAUUUAGGAUUAAAAAUAAAUGUCAUAACAUUCACUGAAACAGAUAACAGUACACUCUAAGCCUAAGAUAACAAUAUAGAAGAGCAUAUUUUCAAUAACAAUAACAAAACAGUUAUUAAAGGUGAAACUACCUUUGGAAAAGAUGACCAAAAAUCAUAAAAUGGAGAACAUUAAAAUGGUGAAUAUGAUGAUGAAAGUUCUAACAUUUCUGGUUAAUCUGUAAAUGAUGAUCAGAGACAAUUAAAAGAUUUUAAAACUCUCAUUUCUGAAAAGACAGUUCCUAGAAAAAUUAAAAUUUUAAACAGAACUGCCUUGCUCUUGCUAUUAAUAUUAUGCGGUUUAUCUGCCUAUGAUUUAGGCUUUAAAGUCUCCAAUGAAAGUACUGUUAAGGAAGGUCUACAAGCAAUUUAAUCUGGAUAUGUUCUAUCUGAAACAUUAAGUACAUCAAUUUAUUAUUCAAACAUGUUAUAUGAACUCGCCAAUAAUCUAAUAACGCCACCUUCUGGUUAGACAGCAGAAUCAUAUGCAAAUGGAUUUAGAUCUAAUUUAAGUACAAGCUUAAACACUUUAAAAGAUUAGAUGUACAAUAUGAUAAAACACCAAAUAUCUAUGUACAAUGAUAAAAAUACAAGUCCUCCAAAUUUCACAAUUACUAUUCAAAAAAUGUCAUCUUAAGGAACUUUAUCAUCUGAUUAAGAAACACUAACUGAUUCUUUACUAACUUUUAUCAGCAGUGGUUCAACCUUUCAAAUGUCACCUUUAGCUUCUAUUGUUAAAGGCCAAGUAAAUUAAGCAACGAGUAGCUUUUAUUAUAUAAAUUAAAAUGGGCUUUAAAGUUAAAGAGAAGCUUGCAACAAAACAGCAAACGAUUUCUACAAUUAUUACUAUAAUAAAGUGGAUGAUUUUAGAAUAAACUAUAUUGUAGUUCUUAUAAUUGCUAUUGUAUUCGUUGUAAUUUCUCUAUUUAUCCUAAUACCUAUUGUAUUCUAGGUGAACAGAACAAACAAUAAAGUUUUAUCACUUUUUGGAUAUAUACCUUAUCCUGAAAUUAGAUAAUUAGCUGAUAAGUGUGAUAUCUAUAUUUAAGAAUAUAUUAGCAUUAGAGGAUAAGAGCAUGUUGAUAGUUAGGAUGAUAAAGAUGAAAAUCAAAAUGAAGUUAAAGAGGAAGUGAUUGAUGGGGAAAAUAAUUAAAAUAAUUCUGAAUACAUUAAAAGCAUUGAUAAUGGAACUGAUAAAAAUAAUACUGCAGUUCAUUCUUUAGAUUUUAAAAAAUAAGGAAGAAUGAAAAGUUUGGAAGAAAAAAAUCAUUAGCAUAAUAAAAAUAAUUAAGAAAAUAAAACAGAUAAAUAGAAUGAAGACCAUGAGUUUAUAGAUCACCGUAGUAAUUUGCUAUUGAAUCAAAAGGAUGGAAGUAAAAAAUCAGUAAUUUUGAUAUUUGGAUUCGUUGCUGCUCUGUUUAUUUUGUAGUAUGUCAUCCACUUUAUUUUAGAUUUGCAAUACAUAGAUAAAGUAUAAACUAUCUACUCGACCCUUUAAAUAUCUUGCCUUUAUCCUUCAUAUGCAAAAUGGUUUCAAUUAUUUUCAUAAAUGCAGAUAUAGAAUGGCGGAGCCAUCUUAGAUAAUACUUCCUAGUUAGAUUUAGCUUAGUUUUAUAGCUAAUAAACUUAUAUUGCAUAAAAUUCUAUAAGAUAUUAUUAUAGCUAUUCUUUCCCAGGAUAAAUGUCUACUUACUAAAAUUAGUUUAGGUAGGCCUAAACCUAAAACAUAUGUAACUUAAUUAAUAAUAUCAAUUCUAAUGAUUAAGCCACUUGCACUGCUGUAAAUAAUGGCAUACUAAAAAGUGGUUUUAUUACAGCUGUUGUUUAUUUCUUAGAAGGCCUUAGAACUUCUGUAACAAGUUUUAUGGCCACUAACCUUUCAGAUCAAUAAAAGCUAGCCUUUUUAACAUCUACUUCAUUUUAACAGUUAUCAGUUUAAUAAUCUUUUAUGAUUCCUAUGAUGGAUUAAUUAACUUAGCUGCUAAUUGAAUAGACUCCGAAUUAUCUAUCUUACAGAACUACUAUAGAGAUUAUAGUUUUCUGUAUAUAUAUAACAGUUAUACUCUCUGCUUUUAUAUUUAUUUGGCUUCCUUACAUGGCUAGAAUAAAUAUUAAAAUUUGGAGAACAAAAGGAAUGUUAAAUAUGAUUCCUGUUGAAGUUAUAUAAAAACAUGAUUCUCUUAAAAAUGCUUUCCUACAUGGUGAGAUUCUUUCAGCAGUGAAAUGA